CUCAGGCAAGUGACGCGGGCGGCUGGCCGGGGCGCCGACUGCGGAACCGAGAAGCUGGAGAGCGGACAUGUCGGGGGUCGCCCGUGUGCUCUUUGUGCUGCUGGCGCCGCUGCUGGUGGGAUCCACGCUUGGCUCACGCGCCUCCCAGAGGAUGUUCCAGAUCGACUACAGCCACAACCGCUUCCUCAAGGAUGGCCAGCCGUUCCGCUACAUCUCGGGAAGCAUUCACUACUUCCGCAUACCCAGCUUCUACUGGAAGGACCGGCUGCUGAAGAUGAAGAUGGCUGGGCUGAAUGCCAUCCAGACGUACGUGCCCUGGAACUUUCACGAACCCCAGCCAGGUCAAUAUCAGUUUUCUGGAGAACACGAUGUGGAACAUUUUCUUCAGCUGGCACAUGAACUGGGACUGCUGGUUAUCCUGAGGCCCGGCCCCUACAUCUGUGCGGAGUGGGACAUGGGAGGUUUACCUGCUUGGCUAUUACAGAAAGAAUCUAUUAUUCUCCGUUCUACUGAUCCAGAUUACCUUGCAGCUGUGGACAAGUGGUUGGGAGUCCUUCUGCCCAAACUGAAGCCUCUCCUCUAUCAGAACGGAGGCCCAAUCAUAACAGUGCAGGUAGAAAAUGAAUAUGGUGGCUACUUCACCUGUGACUAUGACUACCUGCGUUUCCUGCUUAAGAGCUUCCGCCACCACCUGGGUAACAACGUGCUGCUCUUCACCACCGAUGGGGCCUGUAAAGAGUUCCUGAAGUGCGGGGCCCUGCAGGGGCUCUAUGCCACCGUGGACUUUGGGGCAGGUUCCAACAUCACGGCUGCUUUCCUGACCCAGAGGCAGAGUGAGCCCCAAGGACCUUUGGUCAAUUCCGAAUUCUACACCGGCUGGUUAGACCACUGGGGCCAACCUCACUCAACAGUCAAGACUGAAGUGGUAGCUUCGACCCUCUAUGAAAUACUUGCCUAUGGGGCAAGUGUGAACUUGUACAUGUUUAUAGGUGGGACCAACUUUGCCUAUUGGAAUGGAGCCAACACACCCUACCAACCUCAGCCCACCAGCUACGACUAUGAUGCCCCCCUGAGCGAGGCAGGGGACCUCACCAAGAAGUAUUUUGCUGUGCGAGACGUUAUUGGGAAGUUUGAAAAACUACCAGAAGGUCCUAUCCCUCCAUCUACACCAAAGUUUGCAUAUGGAAAAGUUGCUAUGAAAAAGUUAAAGACAGUGGAGGAAGCUCUGAAUGUUCUGUGUCCUGCUGGGCCCAUCAAAAGUCUCUAUCCUUUGACAUUUAUCAAGGUGAAACAGUAUUUUGGGUUUGUGCUCUACCGAACAACACUUCCUCAAGACUGCAGUAACCCCACGCCCCUCUCUUCACCCCUCAAUGGAGUCCAUGACCGGGCCUAUGUUUCCGUGGAUGGGGUCCCCCAGGGAAUCCUUGCACGAGAUACUGUUAUCACUCUGAACAUAACAGGGAAAGCUGGAGCCACUCUGGACCUUCUGGUGGAGAACAUGGGGCGUGUGAACUACGGCCACUAUAUCAAUGAUUUUAAGGGUCUUGUUUCUAACCUGACCCUUGGGGGUAAUAUCCUCAUGAACUGGAUGGUCUUCCCGCUGGAUGCUGACGAUGCAGUGCGCAGCCGCCUGCGGGGCUUGGAUGCCCGUGUUGCUGGCCGCCACGCCCAAGCCCCUGCCCGAAGAUCAUCUAACUACAUGCUCCCAGCCUUUUAUGUGGGGAACUUCUCUAUUCCCAGUGGGAUCCCAGACUUGCCCCAGGACACCUUUAUCCAGUUCCCUGGAUGGACGAAGGGCCAGGUGUGGAUUAACGGCUUUAACCUUGGCCGCUAUUGGCCAGCGCGGGGCCCCCAGAUGACCUUGUUUGUGCCACAGAACAUCCUGAAGACAUCGGACCCAAACACCAUCGUAGUGCUGGAACUGGAGCAGGCACCCUGCGGUGACGGUGGCCCGAAGCUGUGCGCCUUGGAGUUUGUGGACACGCCGGUCAUCAGGCAACUGACCCAGAACCGGCUCCCUCCAGACCCUGCCGGUAAAGACUCACGACUGAACUGUGUGUGAUGGUAAAGACUGUGACGCUUGGGGUUCUAGCCUUGCACAAACCUCACCUGUCCGCCUUCACUGGAAAACAGAUUUAGCUCACGCUUCCUCACCUGAGGUUUUCAUGCAGCUCUGCAGCGUGUGACCCACCGCCGGCAGGGGCCACCCCAUCUGUGGAGUUGGAAGGGAAGUUGUAAAGGUGUCUCUGAUUUUUAUUUUGAAAGAAUCAUGUCUUUUUGUUAAAUACAUUUUGUAUUCAAACUGUUUUUAUUGUUAAGCAGGUAUUAAAUGAUAGGCCCUGACUGAGAUCAUAUAACUAGACUUGAGUGGGCUGAAUAAGCCACUUCACUGACAGGAGGUUCAAAGGGACGGGAAACAGCCUUGGUUUGAUCUAGUGGACUACUGCUUUUCUAAUCCUUCAUGACUUCCUCUUAAAUUUCUGUGACAUCUACGAGGCAGCUCAUAAAUACAAAUCAAAGUGAUUAUAUAAACAACCUAAGCGAUUGGUAGGUAGAAAGUGACAUGUGUGGUACAUCUGUCCACUAGGACACCAUGUAGCCCCCAAAAUGGUGAUGCAGGCUGUAUUGAUUUACAUGAAAACGCCAUUAUGACAGGUUGUGUGGAAAAAGCAGAUUACUAUAGUUUGAUUAUAUUUUUAGUGUUUGGGCACAAGAAUGGCACAUAUCCACACACUCCACACAGGGCUUUACAUAUCAGGAGGCAUGCACACACAAGUGCAUGGGCUUGUACAUGCACGGACAUGCAGGGACACGGGGUUGCAUGAUAAGCAUGUCCUGCUCUGGGGCAGUCCCUCUUAUUUUUUGACCACUAGUCCUAUACCAUGCCCAGUUCUGAGCAUGUUAUAUAUUUAAGUCAGUUGCCCCUCACAGGACCUCUGAUCAUCUUCCCUGAUGACCAGGCCACACAGCCGUGAGUGGUAGCAACAGGGUUUGAACUGGGGUAGUCUUGCUCCAGGGGUGGGACACACGUUGCAUCAUACUAGAUCAAUACAUAGGAAGGCUUGCAGCAAUGUAAACCCAAAUGUUAAGUAUGACUAUAUCUGGGUGGUGUUUUGGGUGUUUUUUUCCUUUUUUUCCAUACUUGUAUCUUAAGUCCUUUACAGGGAAGAUGCACAUUUUUUUAAAGGAGGAAGAAAGGGAAGAUUUUUGGUGCUGAUCUACAACACACAUUUCCCCCUGUCUCAUGGACACUUUUCCCGUCUCAUCAGUGAACAUCUGGGAUACAACAGGGGAUUUUGCAACUCUGCAGCUGGAGCCAGCUGGGGGAGGCAUAUAUGAGUGAGACAAACUGAGACUAGAACUUUAUUUAGGACUGUUUUCCACAGCAUCUCUUUGUAGAUGCUCUGCUUCAUUUGGUGUUUGGACAUAUGUCAGGGAGAGGGACGCACUCCGUAGACUCACAGCUCGUUACCCUUCUUUACUCCACUUAACUAUGAAAGACAUGUAAAAUGCUGCUUAGGAACUGGGCCCAGAGAUACUCCCUGGAAGGAAAUGUGAUUUGAUUCCUUUGAAAGCAUUGUGAAUGUUGGUAAGUUACACCUCCAGCCCCAGCCCUGUCCCAGGGACUCCCUGCCGUGGGGUCCCCAGAAGGCUCAGCCAAUGGAAUAGGUCUUCCCCUUGGGAGUGUGUGCUUCCCUCCCAUUCUCUCAUUCAGUCAGAACCACACUCCAUGCGAGGCAGCAGUAAGCCCAUUUUACAGAUGAAAACAUUGAGGCAUCUGUCGCCAUCCAAAGCCAUAGGGUUUUGUCUUGUCGGGGUGAGGGAAUCUUUUGGGGUUCUUUUCCUUCUACAGCACCAUGUCAUCCCUUGUCCAGGGUCUCAUGUUCCGGCAAACAAGGCCUUAAUACAUAAAUACUACCACCCUGGACUCUACUCACAGCCAGUCCAGCUGCCCAUACCAACUCUGACAGGCAUACAUUUCACCUUCUACAAUGUCAUUCAUUCUUAAAACAAUGCACCUUCGGUCACCCCUGACUUCUUAACUCUGUGUAUGGAUGCUACCUCUGAAAAUAACGAGGGUGGUACCUUUGCUGCCUGCUAUAUAAACCUUUAACAUUAAAUGUAUCUUUAAGCUGA